AUGGCAACAAUUACACGCGGAGCUUCACGCUCUCUAGUUGCUGAUGCAAUGUCAUCAGUGUCAAGAUUAUCCGCUAUAUCAAGGAAUACAACUCUGUCCCGUCAAUCAAGACAUUUUUCCAAUGCUCUCCGAAAUGCGGCGACCCCAACUUCAAGCUACACACAAAGGGCAUCGGUUACAACGAAGCCUCCAACAAGCUCUGCAGUCCCUGUAGCCAAAGAAAAAGAGCAAGAAGCUGCGAUAGAUGAUCAAUCACCCAUCAAGGACAUGACUGAGGGGCUUGCAGACGAACCAUUGAUUUUGGACGAGGGAGUUAGACAGGUUGAUUGGACAAGAUCAUAUCACGGAUUAUCGUCCCAGCCAUUCUCCAAAGAAGCUGCAGACAUUCUACUCGCACCAAUACCUCCCGAUGAUGUGGAAGUCAAGCCAGAUGGUAUUAUAUACUUGCCGGAAAUUAAAUAUCGGAGAAUAUUGAACAGGGCUUUUGGACCUGGUGGAUUGGUAUCCGUGGCUCGUGGUGAACAAGACUAUUUCGCCCCCGAAGGUAUUCCGACCGCGACAGAAGGAUGCAAAUCGAACGCUCUGAUGCGCUGCUGCAAGGACCUGGGCGUGGCCAGUGAGCUUUGGGAUCCUAGAUAUAUCAGGAAGUUUAUGAAGCAGUAUGCGAAGCAAGUUUGGGGUGAACAUGUUGUCACCAAGAAGAAGAAACAAUUAUGGGUGAGGAAGGAUGACGAGAUUAGAUACCCGUACAAGGAGUCAAAAUUCGGCGCAUAG